UGGGAAAAGGACGCCCAAGCGGCCCUGUACCUAAUGCGAGCCGCUACCUUCUCGCCUAUCGUCAUGACGGGGGGCGAGCUAGACCACAUCAUUCGGGACGUGGCCCACCCGCACCCGGGCCUGCACGCGCUGCUUACCUUCAGCGCCAUCGACAUCGCGGCGUUCUCGCCGCCGCGCCCCCCGGGGGUAGCGGCGGUGACACGCACGUUCGACGUGCAUUUCGACACCUUCAUUCGCGUCCUGGAAGUCUUCAUCAAGGACGGCAUGGCGGGCGCCUCUGCGGCCGGGGCCGACCGAGUUGGCCUGUUUUUCCGGGAACUCUUCAGGAUCUCCGAGAACCUCCGCCGGUACUCGUCCCGCCACUGCGCCGAGUUCAAGGGCCGCGAGGCCGACGUCUUCGCCAGCUAG